CACAGCACAGGCGUGCCCACACUCUCUCCUCUCACUUCCCAACCCAAACCCCUGCACCUCUCCCUCCAAACCGAAUCAAACACAAGCAUCCAAAGAGCCGCUGCCACCCACGCACUCUCUUCGCCUAGCCGCGCCGGUCUCCAUGGCCGCCGUCGCCCCCGAUGCCGGAGAGUGGUCCGCCGCUGCGCGGCUCCGCCUCGUGUGGCGCGUCGUGCGGGCGGCGGAGCUCCUAGCCCUGUCCGUCGUCCUCUCCCGCUCCUUCCUCCACCUCCCCUACGCCGCGUCUGCGGCCUCCUCUGCCCUCCGCCUCGCCGCCUCACUCCUCCUCCACCCGCGCUCCAUCUUCGUCAUCGCCAACGCCAUCGUGUUCCUCCUCUACGUCUUCUCGCGCCGCGACCCGUCGUCCUCUUCCUCUGCCUCCGACCAGGACGCCCAGGACCAGUUCCUUUCCUUCACCGCCACACCGCUCCUGUCGCCAUCGACCACAGAGGCGCCGGCUCUGGCGCCCGAGACGGACGCGGUGUUCGAGGACAAGCAGGCGGUGCACGUGACGGUGCGCGCCCCGCGGCGGAGCAGGUCGGAGAAAAUCGGCGCCGGAAAGCAUGGCGGGAGGAGGAGGGCGGGAUCGCCUGAUAUGCGUCGGUCUGAUUCGGAGAACGGCCAGAGGCGGCGGUCGACCUCGUCGGCGGCCCCAGAGGAAUGCGGUGCGGAGGACGAGAAGGAGGAGUUCCGGAGGGCAGUCGAGGCGUUCAUCGCCAAGCAGCAGACGCGGUUUCACCGCGAGGAGUCAUUUGUCUUGGUCGCCGGCGCCGGAGACGAUGCUCAGGCGAUCACCGUAGCUGUGAAGUGACGAGGGAGUUGGCAACAGUGAGCGCGGGGAGGGUGACGAGUGUGAAAGGAUGGAUCGGUGUGCAAAGAAUUUGUUGGUGCCUUGUUUAGUGUACAAGUUUUGCCUUUUUGCUUCUUGUCUUUCUAGCAUCUGAAUAUGUUUCUUUUCUCCA